CUGCUCAUGUCAGCCUGCUUGCUUUCAUUAGGACCUGGCCCAUGAAGUCCGCCGUGUCAUGGAUUUCCUGGAGAUUGGCCUGCCAGAGGAGACUGUGCAGAAGAUCACCCAUCACGCCACCUUCCAAGUCAUGAAGGACAAUCCAAUGAGCAAUUACAGUACUUUUCCUGAGGCCAUUUUUGACAAGAAGAUAGGCCGUUUUAUGAGGAAAGGUGAAGUUGGUGACUGGAAGAAUUAUUUUACAGUGGCUCAAAGAGAGAUGUUUGAUGCUGAUUACCAGAGCAAGAUGGAAGGAACAACCUUGCGUUUCCGAGAUGUACGUACUAUAGACUAAGAGGAUAAUCUUUGCUAGGAUUUUUC